AUGGCCGAAUAUAAUAUAACAUUCCUCAUCCUCAUCCAACUUCUUACCUCUAAACCUCUUGCUUCACUAACAAUUCUCUCACUUGUAAUAAUAUCGCUAGCUUCUUAUUAUGCAGCCGACCCUUGGAAGAAACCAGAAGCUCGAGAAAAAGAACAAGAGUCGGGAAAUGUAAUACAUAUAACGGCAAACCAUGCGAUUGGUUUUGGUGGAAUAGCUAGUUUAGGUCUUAUAAGUAUGUGGACAUUCCCUAAUGCACUUGUCUAUUUCAGUCUUGUAUCAUUUGGACUUGGUGGUUUUUUUGGAUUACAGGGUGUUCUUGUAGCAAUAUCUAGAAGACUCUCCUUGCCAUUUUCAGGUGGCUUAUUGGAGACCCUGCUGGCAGGUGGAAUAGUGAUUUGGUGGGUGCUUAUAAGAAAUAGCAGCGAAGCAUGGUUAUUACAGAAUUUUUUAGGAGGUUUCAUAAUAGCUUUAAUGUUAAAAGUUCUUAAAUUACCGGACUUACAGAUAUCAUCUAUCCUACUUAUUACUGCCUUUUUAUAUGAUAUAUUUUGGGUUUUCAUUUCACCAAAUUUCACAUCAAAUGGCAAGUCAGUCAUGGAAUCCGCAGCUACAGGUUCUGGACUAACAGUGCAUGAACAAGUGCCAAUGGUAUUUAGAAUUCCGAUUAGCGAUGAUCCUGCGCAUGGAUAUGCUAUGUUAGGAUUUGGAGAUAUUAUUUUACCUGGAAUGUUUUUGACUUUAUUGAGAGAG